AAUCGAACUUCAAAGUCGAUGUAGUUUUCCUUAUGUUCACACCUUUUUUUUUUGAAAAACAUAGGUUGAUAUAAAAACUGACUGGUUGAUAUCAUUCAAUUGAAAGAUAAUUCAAUAAUAAUUGAAACAACAAAUUUUGUUAAACUUUCAAUAUUAGUAGGAAGUGAAUUAACCGGGAAAAAAUGGGUCGAAAAGUAACUAUUGCUGCUGCCACAUUAAACCAAUGGGCUUUAGAUUUCGAAGGUAACCGAGAUAGAAUAUUACAGUCAAUUUUGGAAGCCAAGGAAAUGGGAGCCACUUUCCGAACAGGUCCAGAACUUGAAAUAACAGGCUAUAGUUGUGAAGAUCAUUUCUACGAAAGUGAUACCUUCUUACACAGUUGGGAAGUUUUAUUAGACCUCUUGACAUCACCACUUUCCAAGGAUAUCUUAGUCGAUGUUGGUAUGCCAGUGAUGCAUAAAAAUGUAUGCUACAAUUGUAGAGUGAUAUUUCUCAAUCAAAAGAUUCUUCUAAUCAGACCUAAAUUAAUGACUUGUGAUGAAGGGAACUACAGAGAAUCUAGAUGGUUUUCUUGGUGGAAAAAGAUUCGGGAAGUUGAGGACUACUACUUGCCAAGAAUGAUUUCCAUAGUCACUAAUCAAGAAGUAGUUCCAUUUGGUGAUGCCGUCAUCGCAACACAAGAUACAUGCAUUGGUUUUGAAAUUUGUGAAGAAUUAUGGAAUCCGAUGAGUUCCCAUAUUGGUAUGGCUCUUGACGGAGUAGAAAUUAUAUGUAACAGCUCUGGUAGUUACACAGAAUUACGUAAGGCCUAUGUUACUGUGGACCUUGUAAAAAGUGCCACUCUGAAAGCUAAGGGCUGCUAUGUAUUCAGCAAUUUGAGAGGGUGUGAUGGACAAAGAGUUUAUUUCAAUGGCUGUUCUUGCAUUGCUCUGAAUGGUGAAAUAGUUAGUAGGUCUAAGCAGUUCUCCUUAGAGGAUGUUGAGAUAACAGUUGCUACUAUUGAUUUAGAGGAAAUAAGAACUCAAAGAAAUCAUGCGAGAUCAAUGGCACAUAUGUCAUCAGGUAGUCCAAGUUAUAUCAGAGUACAUGCAGACUUUUCAUUGUGUCCACCUAAUGAUACAACUUUAAGUUGUUCCUUACCGUUGGAAUGGCAUUACCUAAAACCUGAAGAAGAAAUUGCACAGGGGCCAGCUUGUUGGUUAUGGGAUUAUCUUCGAAGAUCGGGGCAAGGUGGUUUUUUUCUACCUCUUAGUGGAGGAGUAGACUCUAGUAGUACAGCUUUAAUAGUUUAUUCCAUGUGUAAAAUGGUAACUAAGUAUGUUCAAGUUGGCGAUAGCAAGGUCUUGAAUGAUGUCAGACGAAUAUGUGGUAGUCCAGAUUAUGUCCCAAAAUCGGCAAAUGAUUUGUGUAAUCAUAUAUUAGUAACAUGUUACAUGGGGACUGAAAAUUCUUCAACGGAAACCAAGGAGAGAGCAACACAGCUGGCUGCUGCAAUUGGAAGUUAUCACAUGGGCAUUACUAUCGAUACAGCUGUAGCAGCUUGCCUACAAGUGUUCACUUUUGUGACGGGUCAUUUCCCAAAAUACGAGUCUAAAGGUGGAUGCGCCAGGCAAAAUCUUGCCCUCCAAAAUAUCCAGGCACGUUUACGAAUGGUCUUUUCCUAUCUAUUUGCCCAAUUGAUUUUAUGGACAAGAAAUCGACCUGGAGGCCUUCUUGUCUUGGGUUCAGCAAAUGUAGAUGAGUCCCUGAGAGGUUAUAUGACCAAAUAUGACUGUUCAAGUGCUGAUGUCAACCCCAUUGGUGGAAUUUCCAAAACCGACCUCAGAAGAUUCCUCCAUUUCUGUAGGCAGAAGUUUUCAAUACCGAUAAUUGAAGAUAUUAUAAAAGCGCCACCUACAGCCGAACUGGAACCACUGAAUGAGGGAAAGUUGGCUCAAACAGACGAAGAGGAUAUGGGCAUGACGUACGCCGAGUUGAGUGUAUAUGGUCGGCUCAGAAAAAUGCAUCAUUGCGGACCGUAUUCGAUGUAUUGUAAAUUGGUGCAAACUUGGUCGUCUGAUUUUACGCCAGAAGAGGUCGCUGAAAAGGUUAAACACUUUUUCAGGUGCUAUGCAAUAAAUCGACAUAAAAUGACUGUGAUUACUCCAGCAUAUCAUACAGAAAGUUACAGUCCCGAUGAUAAUAGGUUUGACCUAAGGCCUUUCCUUUAUCGGGCCAACUGGUCUUGGCAGUUCAGAGCGAUAGAUAAGCAGAAAGAAAUUUUUGAGAAGAGUAGGAAAAUAGAUACAAACUCCACCUUCAAAAAAAGUAUUAAAUGUAGGGCAGCUGUACCUGUUUAAUUCUUGGCACCAUUUGAUGAAAAAUAUCAAGUUCCUUAGCACCAAUAAGUGCAUUUAUAUGUUUUUUCUUUAAUUCUAAUAUAAAAGAAACUUUGUUAUCUAUGUAGAUUCGAUUUUAUCCAUUUUCAUUCCUAUAUUAUUCCAUUUGAAAUGUAUUUUAAUUUUAUUAUAUGUUUUGUAUAAAAAUGUUUUUUCGCAUCUGAUUUCUAUAUAUAUUAUACUUUUAUUGGGGUUGCUCCAUUUUUAGGAGUCGGUAUGUAGUUAUGUGUUAUUAAAUUUUGCUUCUAGUU